GAUCCCAAGGAAAAGCUGCUAGUGACCCGGGUGGGGACCCAAGACCUGAAAGUAUGGGACUUGAGGGACCAGAGACAGCUGCGCAGCCACAAGUGACCCUGCUGCCUACAGUCAAUGGGAGUAACCCAAGAUACGAUGGUGUGGAUGGCCACUGGCCAGAGAUCCCAGAGAGGUCACCCUGUGUGGCUGGUAUCAUACCUGUCAUCUAUUACAGUAUCCUACUGAGCCUGGGGCUGCCUGUCAACAUCCUGACGACAGUGGCCCUGGCCCGCCUUGCCGCCAGGACCAGGAAACCCUCCUACCACUAUCUCCUGGCACUCACAGCUUCAGAUAUCGUCACACAAGUGAUCAUCGUCUUCAUAGGCUUCCUCCUGCAGGGAGCUGUGCUGGCCCGUCAGGUGCCCCAGGCUGUGGUACGCACAGCUAACAUCCUGGAGUUUGCUGCCAAUCACGCCUCAGUCUGGAUUGCAGUCUUGUUCACGGUGGAUCGCUACAACGCCCUGUGCCGCCCCCUGCGCCAUCGGGCCACCUCGUCCCCAGGCCGGACCCACCGGGCUAUUGCCGCUGUCCUCGGCGUUACCCUACUGACGGGCAUUCCGUUCUACUGGUGGCUGGAUGUGUGGAGGGAUGCAGAGCCUCCUAGCACUAUGGACAAACUCCUCAAGUGGGCUCACUGCCUCAUCGUCUACUUCAUUCCCUGCAGCGUUUUCCUGGUCACCAACUCUGCCAUCAUCCUUCGCCUACGGAAGAGGGGCCGGACAGGGCUGAGGCCAUGGGUGAGCAAGAGCACAGCCAUCCUCCUGGGUGUCACCUCCCUCUUCGCUCUUCUCUGGGCACCGCGCAUUUCUGUCAUGCUGUACCACCUGUAUGUGGCUCCUGUUCACCGGGACUGGAGGGUCCACCUGGCCUUGGACGUAGCCAACAUGUUGGCCAUGCUCAACACAGCCGUCAACUUUGGCCUCUAUUGUUUCAUUAGCAAGACUUUCAGAGCCAUGGUCCGACAGGUCAUCCAUGAUGUCCACAUGGCUUGUACCUUAAAGUCACAGCCAAAGGGAAUGGUGGUGGAACUUGUGUUGAAGUCUGUAGGGACAGAGCUGUAG